AUCAGGACCAAAAAAAUAGUGGUUCUACCAGAUUUAAGAAAAUUUUUGAUAUAUUUACACCAUUAUCGAUUUUCUUAUCAGACUUUUCACAAAAUAAUGAAAGGUUUCAAACUACUAGGAAUAAAGAUAGGAUUCCAGCAAUAAAAGCGACGAGAUAUUCAUUAUUAUCAACCGCUGGUAUAGGUGUAAUGUGUUCAUUUGCAUUUUCUGGUAUUCAAUCUGUAUUUUUACUUUAUGUAAGAUAUAAGUUCGAAUUGCCAUUAACCGAACAAGGCUAUUUGUUGAAUAGUCAAAAUCUAAAAAGGCAGGGAGAUAUUGAUGAUGAUGUAAUGGCUGAAAAUGAAAUAAUAGUUCAAGAUGAGAAAAGAAUGAAUAGAGAAUUGGUAUUUGAUAUCUGGGCCGUUAGGGUCGGACUUGCUAUUGAUGUGGUUGCCUAUAGUUUGUAUGCGAUAGCAACUAAUGGUGUAUUACUUUUUGCAGCUUGCUUGGGUGCUAUAAGCACAAUAUCAGUUCCUGCCUUAAAAUCUAUCCAAACAAAUUUGGUUCCUCCAUCACAAAUGGGUCAAUUAUUAG